AUGAGGAUCCAAGGCCAGUGGCUGCUCUGGAGCUGGGCACUGUGGGGUCUCUGGGUGCUGCCAGAUCCUGGCAGGAUUUCCUCGGAGGCUGACAGCACCAGCACCGAGCUGGCUCUGGAGCUGGGCAUGUGCCAGGCAUUCCUCAACACUGCAGCCACCCAGCCAGAGCACCUCUCUCUGGCUGGCAGGACCACCACCACCACCUCCGCAGGCAGCCAGGGCCCAGGCAGAGACAAUGCUGGGCCAGGCAAAAUCACAUUGUCCCCAGCUCCAGGUGUCCCUGCUGUAAUGGAGACAAGCAAACCACCAUCAAACAGCAACACGACUCCUGAGCAGGCUGUGGAAGUGGCCAGAGUGGCUCUGGGCAGCAUCCCUGGAGAGCCGGUCCAGGGAACAACUGCCCCCAUGCAAGAGGGGACUCCAGCCAAGCCACACGUGGAUGCAGCCAGUGCACUGAUAGGUGCCACCCCAGCAUCAGGUGGAGGUCUGUCCUUUCCAGUGGCACAUGUCUUGGCUGAUCAACCUGUGCUUGGGACAGAAGUAUCUCCCUCAGUCACUGUCAAAUUGACUGAUGCCAACAAGUCAGUGCAGCUGGGAAAUGCAGUCACUACAGAAAGGAUGCCAAGGACAGAAUGGACCACAGUGCCACCACUCCCCCUGGACAAGCACAGGACAGGGACAUCACCCCCCAGCAUCAGCAAGAGCUCUGCUGAGCCAGAUGCAGAUGCCAUGUUCCCAUCCCAGGAGGACACACCAGAGCUGGACAAGGCCACCUCAGGUCCUGCCACAGCAGCCACCAUCUCUCGGGACAUGGGCAGCCCUGUGAAGCCAGCAGUAACCUCAGCCAGCCCUGCCAACAGCCUCCCCUGGGGUACCCCCCAGGCAGCCACAGAGGGGGCGAGGAUGGUGCCCCCACCAUCUGCAGAUCCCCCAAGCACAUCCUCGGCAAAGGUCACAUUUUCUUCUGCCACCGUUGGCAUCGGCAGGCCUACAGAGCCAGGGACACGUGCCUUGUCCAAAGCCAACCACAACACCUCACAGGCCCCCCCUGUGCCUCCUGCUCAGCUGCCUCCAGCCCUUUCUCCCUGGCUCCCUGGUGGUGCUUUGCUGGACACAGAAGAGCCACUUCCCCCCAGUGACAAUGCAGCCCCUGGCCCUGCUGGAGGUGGGCAGCCUGGAGCCAAUGCUGUCACCCACCCCCAGGCCACUGCACUACCUCCAGGCACACCAGCUGUGGCAAUGGAUGUCACUGCUGCAGAACACAUCCCCGCUGCAUCGUUCCCAGCUCUGGGAAGUGCCAGCACUGACCUGGUGUCCAUCAAGAGCAAGCCAAGCACCAGAGCCAUGGCAGGCACCACUUCUCCAGAGACCAAGGCCAUCCCAGUGGAGCUCAACAAGGGGCUGUCCACCCCCACAGCUCCCAAUGGCUCUGGUGGUCCCUCUCCAGGGCUCUUUAUCUACUCCAUGGGAUCUCUGCUUGCCCAGACUCCCUCAGCAGACCCUGGGGCCAGCACAACAGAGGCAGCUGCAGAUGGAGUCCCUCCAGCCAGACCCAGCACGGCCACGUCCUUGUCCCACACAGGUGCUGGUGGAGCAAAGCCAGAUGGGGCCCCUCGAGCUGCUGCUGCACCAAUACCUUCUGUCAGCCAGCCAUCCUCCCUCGUUAGCACCACUCCAGUUAGUGAAGCAAUGAGAGGAACAGCAUCGCUGGCCAGUGGCAAUGUCACCACAACACUCAGGAACACCAGAACCACCCCUGAUGUGUCUUCCCACCGCAGCCAGCCUGGUCCCACUGUGGGCUCAGCACUCCCAGGAACUGGUGUCACCCCUGGACCUGUACCAGCCCCACUGCUCCAGGAUCAGCCCCGACAUGGGGCAGCUCCAGGGACAGAGACGUGGUCACCCAGUGCUGCACCAGGUGUGGUCACAGCUGUGCCGGGUACCCUGCAGGUGCCCAGAGCAGCCACUGACACUGUGGCAUCACGAGCAGGUGUCCCACCUCUCCUGGAAGGCCAUUCCACUGCAGGAAUGAUUUUGGGGGGGUCCCCAUCCAGCGUCCCACCAGGGAUGGCAGCAGGCAUAUCCCCACUGUCCUUGGCUACCCCACUGCCAGUGGUGGGUGCUUCAGGUGACCCUGAAGGCAGCACCACAGGGCAAGUGGUGGGCAUGGUAUUCUCAGAGGUGAGCAUGGAGAAGGACCUGAGUGCCAGCUCAGCUCCUGACCUGGGGAGUGGUGCAGUGGGGCCAGGUCCCAGCCAUGUGAUCGUCACCACUGGGCCAUCACCAGAGCCUCCCACCCAAGGUACUCCCCAAACCAGACACCUGGUGGAUCUGUCUAUCCUGGCUCCCAGGGACAGUCGCUCGGCUCCAUCAGCCAUGUCUGACCUCAGCCCGGCACUGGACAUGGUCAGCCCCCUCCCAAACACUGCCAGCAAGACGCCCCAGCCCGUGACACUGCUGCUCCCCAAAAAUGCAGCUACAGGGGCAGAUGGGGACAGGUUCCCACUGGCAGAAGAUGACAGAACCGUGCAGGCAGCUGCAGGCUCAACUCCACUUGAAAUCAGAGGGGCAGGUGCCAUGACAGGUGCCCUCCACAGUGGUGACACUGCUCUGAGGACAUCCCCAAUGGUGUCACCUCCUGUCACAGCCAGCAUCACUGCUUGGACAAGCACAGCUGCAUUGGGCCACAGCGAUCACACCGGUGAGCCCACCAUGGACAUGGCUACUGACACAGCUUUUUCCACCAUGGGGAAUGGCACUUCAGAGCUGUCCCUGAGGCUGCCCACUGCUAUGUCUGGGAUGGCUGAGCCAGGCACUGGUGAAGUCCCCCUGUCAGGACACUCUGUCCCAGGCAACAAAAGCCCUGUGCCAGCAGUGGUGGUAGGCACGGUGUCACCCACAGCUCUGGAGAUGGUUACAGCAACUUCUCCUGGCCUCGCUCACAGCAGCACUGAGUCAGAUGUCAGUGGGAAGACCCUUCCAGCAAUGGUGGCAUCCUCCUUCACCCCCAGCAUCGCUGUUACUGGUCCAGCAGUGGGAGCAGGCGAUGACAAUAUCGAUAGGAUCACAACUUAUGCUUCUUCUGUCCCCAGCAGUGCCUUCACACCACGCAGCCCCCGUGUCCCUCUGAGGGUGUCCUCUGAAGCCACUAGUAACACCCAUGGCCCAGGUACAGGGGCUCUCAGCCCAGGCCCUGAAGAUGAGCCCAUGGAUGAGAUCUCCUCAGCAACUCUUGGCCACACACAGGCAUGGGAGACCACAGCCAUGUCCUGGUCAGGUGCUGGCGAUACCACCACCCAGUGGGACACCAUCCUCCCUGAGAGCAGUGCCAAGGAGGCAGCACCUGCAGCCAGCACCAUCAGCACCCAUGUGCCUGUCUCCAAUGCUGCUGGCACAAGCCCAGCCACCGUGCCAGGCACCAGCAUGUCCCCUGGCAAUACAAUCCUGCCAGACACCUCAACCAGUGGGGAGACCGAGGCCACCACAGCUGUGCUGACUGCCACAACGAAAGCCACCAGCAGUGUCCUGUCCUCUGCUGUCAGACACAACGAGGCAGGAGGAGGCGGUGACCUUGUCCUAUCCCCAGCAGCACCUACUCCCACUGUGGAGGCAACCACUGGGUCCUGGCGUGUUCUUGGUCCCAGCUCUGCCAUGGUGGUGCCCAGCUCAACCCAGCCCAGCCCACUUGGCCAGGUGAAGGAGCCAGCGACAGCCCCCUUGGCUACCCUCAGUGCUGGUGCUGCAGGGGGGGCAGGAACUGGAUGGAGCCCCUCUAAACCAGCAACAGAGGACACUGCUCCCACUGCUGUCACCAGCCGUGCCCUGGGACAGGCAGUGAGCACAUCAUCUCCUAGCACCCCGACCUUCCUGGGUGAACCUGCCUGGGGGAAGAGCACAGCCACCACUGCAGGCAGCACCACUGGCAUCACUGCAGGCAUCACUGCAUUCACCACUGCAGGCAGCACUGUGGCCAUCACUGCAGGCAGCAACACAGGCAGCACCGUGGCCAUCCCUGCAGGCAGCAUGGUGACUGUUGCACCCACAGCCCCAGGGAGCCCAGCCAAGGAGGCAGGAGGUCUCCCAGGCACCACAGCACCAGAGAGUCCACCAGCCACCACCAGGUCUGCCACCACCCCUGGUCCUGCCUUUGGGACUGAGGGGGGACUGGUCACAGCACCAAGAACAACCGUCCACACCACCAGCGGCCACAGAAAUCCUGCCCCUGAGCCUCUACCCACCCACAGGCUUAUCACGCCAGCAGCCUCGCUCUACCCUUUUGGCAUGGAGGGAGGGGACCAAGAGUGCAUCCAGAGGAUGGUGGAUUUUAACUCCCCACUGUUCAAGCCAGAGAUCGGGUUCCCCUUUGGGAAGAAGCUGCGGGAUGUUCUCUAUUUUACAGAUAACGGACAGAUCAUCUUCCCACCCACUGACAGCUACGUCCUCUCCAACCCCAACCCACCUCCCCGGGGCUUCAAUGGCCGGGAGGGUUUUCCAGUGGUGGCUGCCUUCUGGGAUGACGCAGAUUUCUCCCAGGGUGUUGGCACCACCUGGUACCAGGAGUACUCCACCCUCAGCUCUACCCAAGAUCCCUUUGUCCACGAUGUGGAAGCAAAGAUUGAGAAAUACCUGAAAACCCCCUACCAAGCAAAAUGGACCUUGAAGGUGACAUGGGAGAAGGCUCCAGCAUACCCAUCCCAGCAAGAUGACACUCAGACAAACACCUACCAAGCGGUCCUGACCACCGAUGGGAACCGCUCCUUCGCCCUGCUGCUCUACCAGGAUGGUGGGAUGCAGUGGGACUACACCAAGCUGGCUGCAGACAAUGUGCUGAUCGGUUUCUCCAGUGGUGAUGGUUAUGCCCAGAAUAAUGAGCUGACUCAAAAGCCACCAGCUGUCAAGUACCGACCUGACCAGCACAGCAGCGCUGGCACUGGUGUGCGUGGGCUGUGGAUAUACAGGCUGGACACCCGCUCCCGGGUGAACUACAGGCUGCGGUGCCUGGUGUGGCUGGACAUGGAGCCAGCUCCAGCCACCUGGAACACCGAGCUGCUGCCUUGUCCCUGCUCCUGGCCACAGGCGCAGCUGGACCCCCGCUACCGCCGGAGCAGAGGCCCAGUGGACACCUCCAUGAGGAUGCUGCGCACUGUGUCCCCGAACCCAGCUGGAGCUGGGGUGCGGUGCCUGUACCAAGACGGGAGCUUGCUCGAGGGCUGGCAGGAGAGAGCAUGGAGCCUGCCCACCCACCUGGGGGCUGAUGAGGAGCUGAAGGCCUUCAACUGGUGCUGCCGGCGUGUGGGGAAGCCCCUGUUCUGCACCAGGUUUGCUGAGAAGAGACCCCGGGUGGGCUGCGAGGGAUACGUGCCACCCACUCCUGCUGGUGCCUUUGGGGAUCCCCACAUCACCACCCUGGAUGGACUCACCUACACCUUCAAUGGGCUUGGGGACUUUGUCCUGCUGCUGGCCAGUGAUGCCCAGACCAGCUUCGUGCUGCAAGGACGCACAGCCCGGACUGGCACAGCCCAGGCCACCAAUUUUGUGGCCUUUGCUGCCCAGUAUAUCUCCACCACCACCACAACAGUUGAGUGGACCUUGGGGAGCCAUGGUGACAUCCAGGUCCUUCUGAACAAUGAAACCAUUCAGUUUUUCUAUUCCCAAGACAUGGCUGCCGAGAUGCACUACAGCCCUGGUGUCCUGCUGGUCAAUGACUCCUCUGUCAUGGCCGUCUUUGAUGGCUCCAUUGCUGUCUCCAUCUCUGCAACCUCCGGGAUCCUCAGCAUGGUCUGCAGUCUGCCUCAUCAAUACCGCAACAGCACCAAGGGCCUCCUGGGUGUGUGGGACCAUGACCCUGCAGACGACUUCCAGAUGUCAAAUGGUACCAGCAUCGCUUUGAAUAGCAGCGAGGAAGAGAUCUAUGGCUAUGGGAUGACCUGGGCUGUUGGAGAACACAGCCUGUUUGCUCAGCCUCUGGACUCACCAGUAAUGAACUUCACACCAAUCUUCUUGUCUCGGCUGCGGCAGGAGAACGAAAGCCAGUACCAGCUGGCAGCCUCACAGUGCCACGGAAACAAGGAAUGCAUCUAUGAUUCGCUGAGCACAGGGGAUGUGGCCCUGGGCUUGGCCACCCAGAGCCUUGCAGCUGACUUCCAGCAGAAGAAGAGAGUACUCAAUGCCUUCCCUCCUGUCAUCACCGGUGACACCUCGCUCACGGCCUUCAGGACAGAGAGGGUCAGGAGGCAGUUCCGUGCCGCGGGGGUGGGCGCACGUUUCAUCCCCCACCUCUCACCAGAGCUCAACAUAUCUGAGAGUGGCACUCUGACAUGGGAGCCCCACGGGAUGGCCCCGCUCACAGUCAACCUGGAGGCUGUUGGGUCCAACAACCUCUCCUCCCUCCUCCAGCUCCGCUUCACCCUUUGCAGCUGCAGCAGGAGUCAGGAGUGUGACUACAGUGACACCGUCACCCUCGGGGGAUCCUCCCUACAGCUGGCAGCCUGCAGGUGUGAUGGUGGCUACUCAGGUCCCUUCUGCCAGGACCCUCCGGACCCCUGUGCCCAGGGAUGUUUCCCCGGUGUGGGCUGUGACUCACGCACAGGCUGUGGCCCCUGCCCGGCUGGCCUGACCGGUGAUGGGCAGCAUUGCUCAGAUAUCGACGAGUGCACAGAGGGGACGAUGUGCCCAGGGAACAGCACCUGCACCAACACAAUAGGCAGCUACACCUGCUCCUGCCUGGCCGGCGAGGAGGGUGAGAGGCCAGGCUGUGGCUCAGCCUGCAGCUCCCACUCCUGCCCCGAGGGCUACUGCAGCAAUGGAGGACACUGCCACGUGCACCCUGUCACUUGCACCCCCGCCUGCGCCUGCCCCCCGGCUUUCACCGACCAGCGUUGCCUGCUGGCAGGGGGCGAUUUCCAUCCUCUGCCCCAAGCAGAUCUCCCCUGGAGAAGCAUCCAGCUGAGGGUCAGGACACUGCAAAAUGCCUCUGUUGGGGAAGUCAAUGACACGGUCUCAGCCAUCCUGGGCUCCCUGGAAGUAAAGGCUUUCCAGAGCAACACCAACAUCACUCAGAUGACAGACAGUGAUGGCUUCACCUUCGUGGUGGUGUCUGAGUUUGCCUACGACAGCCGUGGCAUCGUCAUCUGGUUCCUGAAUGAGGAGCUGCUGGGAGCCAUCACUGGUGCCUUCAACGGGCGGCGGGGGCGAAGGGAGGUGGAUGGACACCUCCUCUUCCAGCCCCUGCAUGAGGAUAAUGUCACUGACCUGGUGAAGCUGACGGUGGCUGAGCUGAGGAGCUAUUUCCCCUGCAGUCUGUAUGGCUACAAAGGAUACCGGCUCCACUACAUGGAGACCAUGGGCUUCGUCUGCAUCUCACCUUGCAAGAUGGGCUACUGCCAGCAUGGUGGCCAGUGCCAGCACCUGCCCGAGGGGCCCACAUGCAGCUGCCUGCCCUUCUCCAUCUUCUCCCCCUCCGGCUCCCGCUGUGAGCGGUUGGCCAUCAGCCUUGCUGCCUUCCUCGGCAUCUUGCUGGGAGCUCUGGCUCUGCUCUGUCUCCUGCUCACCACCGCCUGCCUGGCCUCGCGCCUCUGCCGUGGACGCCGCCGCCGGCACCGUGGGGCAAGGGAGGACUUCUGGAAGCCACGGCCCUUCUCCUCCCUGAUGACAGCAGGAGAGCAGGCAAUGACCCUUCACUCCCACUCCCCAGCAAGGCAUUGGGAACCACAGCUCCAGACAAUUGACCCCUCAGUCCAGAUGAAGAUCCAGAGACCCCACGUUAGGCCUCUGAGCCAGCCCCACCAGCAGCCCUAGCCUGCCACGGUCCUGCCCUGGCUCCUCCAGGCUCACAGAGGAGCCAGAUGCUGCUGCCAGACCUUUUGCCCCCUUUUGGGGUUUCCAUCAGUGGUGCCUGCUUGGAGUCAGCUGCCUUCUGAGGUCUGGUCUUUGUCGGAGGAUUCACUCUGAAGGAGGUGUGUUUUAUGAGUGAAAAAUGUGCCUUUAUGUUGAGUGACAAAAGCAAGAGGAUUUCACUUUCCCCUGAGGACCCGCGAAGGCAAUUGGGAUAGUCCAUGAAUGUGUCAGGACCAGGGUAUGCUCUGGUGCAAGGGAA